GACAAAAGCAUAGUCUGGAGCCAUGCAUGAACGGUCCGCUACCCAGGAUAUAUGUGAUUAUAGUGAGCCAACUUGUUUUCGUUUCAAUUUCAAUCUCAUAACGUGGUAUAUAGGGAUAGUGGCCAGAUGAUUUUGAGCUCACCGAUCUAGUCUAUACAGGUACAUCGUUUGUUGAUUGGGAUUGUUAUCAUCAUGUCUCAAGAGAAGCAAGUUUCCGAGCAGAUUCCGAAGGCAAAGGGGGCAGUAUGUGGGGGCUGGACCGACAUGACUCUAGUGGGUGGGCUUCCGUCUGAAGAAGUCAAGAAUCUUCAAGAUCUUCUGGAGAAGGUACGAGAACCAGCCCAGGUGAACGCUAAUAGGUCAUUUUCAGUUCUGGAGCCGCUGGCGUUUGCUACCCAAGUCGUCGCUGGUCUCAACUAUCGUAUCAGGGCCCAUACCGGUGAAGAUCGGAAAGCAGUCUUUCUCAUCUUCAAGUCCCUCGAUGGCAAGAUCACUCUAUCCAACUAUGCAGAGGAAGAAAUGCAGCAGACACAAGCCAAAUAAACUUAAUAUUAUUAAUAAUAACAACUUUAAUCACUUUGUUAACAAUGGAUUAGAAUUACAUCUCUGUCUUUUAAAGCAACUUUCUCCUUUAUAAGAAAAUAAAAGGCCUAUAGUAAAAAGAAAGCUCGAGGAAGGCAAGCUCGUUUUAUAUUCAUUUUAUUUGAUUUGAUUUUCACACGGUAAUAGCCAAAGUUUUUAAGCAGGUUAGUACAUACAUAUUAAUCACAAUAUAUACAAAGAUUACAAUAUACAAAAAAUACAAUCUGAAACGAAAUACAAUUAUAUAUUUCAAAAAAUAACAAUAAGAAACUAAUAGUGAAACUAUUCUUAAUGGCAGGGGAAUGGAAACAAAGGUAUGGUCCUUGUUUAGAACGAUUAAUUGUUGUAAUCAAAUUCCUUAUUUCCAUUCAAGCAUAAUAUAAUGUAACAUAAUAUAAUAUAGAUAAGAUACAAAUUUUACGGAUGAACCUUAUAAUAAUAAUAAUUGGAUUUAUAUAGCGCUUUUUCCAGAGGAUACAAAGCGCUGUUGAUUGCAUAAGACAAGUUAAGGUUUAUGGUUAUAUAAGUGUGUUUUGAGAUGUUUUUUGAAGAGGUCAAGAGAAGAGAGGUUUCGAAGAGAUGGAGGGAGUUUGUUCCAAAUAUAUAAUUGUAUUUCGUUUCAGAUUGUACUUUUUGUUCCUUAUUACCAUGGCAUAAUCGGUGAUUGCAGGCGGACUCAAGAUUGUAAAUUAAAAAAUAUCAAAAUAGAACAUAAUUAUGGAAAGAUGACGAAAAUGUCAGUAUAGAAUAAUCAUAACGAUUGUAAAAGACAUUAAAGUUUAGGUAAUGAUAUAAUUAUUUGAAUCUUAUCGUACAUGUAUUAUGGCGACACCUAGUAAUGUCAUCAUUUUGUCUUGAUGUAUACUGAUGCCCAAGAUUUAAUUAAUGUAUUCAUUUAAAGAUCAAGACCAUGCCCCAAAAAUUGAUUUUAAUAAAUAGAGAAAAUUCAAAUGUGUUUGAUGCUGAAAAUUUAACCAAAGUCGGAUGUAAAAUACUAAAGUUAUGACAUCGUAAAGUUUCGUUCAUUAUUCACAAAAAGCAACAUGUAUAUAUGUACAACACAGUGAUAUAUAAAUGGAAGAUUCAAUGAUGUCAUUAAGUAAUUUCAUUAUCAUUAAUGUUGAUUUAUAUUUCUAUCUUACAGACAUGACGACAAUAAACCUCUCCAUGGAAUUACGAUAGCUAAGAACAAUGGGAUAAAUUGAUUAGAGAAUAUCAGUAAUAUUUUUUAAAUCAUAAUUCUUUAUUUGAAUUUGUGAUAUCACAUGCGAGCAGCGUCCUCAUAUGUCAUGCGACUGGGUCAAUCUAUUCCCUAAAUUUCUAUGCUCUUGGAAAAUCAAAAUGAUUUUAUAUUUGCAUUCAAUUAUAUUUAGACGAUGUAUGUUUUGAUACUUCUAUAAAAACAUAUAUUGAAUCGUCAUUGUAAAGACAGUCUGUGAUAUACAUGUAGCUGCUUGGGUAGGAUGUUACAAAUUAAAACUUUGGAACUUAAAGGACAAGUACACCCCAUCAAGAAGUUGAUCUGAAUAAAAAGAGAAAAAAAUCCAACAAGCAUAACAAUACACAUUUCACCAAAAUUGAGUGUAAAACAAGAAAGUUAAGACAUUUUUAAGUUUCGCGGGAUUGCAAACAUUUGUGUUGCGGAUCCCUGGUCGUUACGCAAAUGAAGGGACUAAUGACAUCAACCAUUUACUAUUUAUUUUGUAUCUCAUAUCAUCUGAAAUAUAAAAUAUUCGAAUUUUCUCCUCAUUGUUAUGUAAAUCAAAGCUUUAUCCCUCCCCAAACAUGUGGUGUUACCAUUGUUUUAAUAUUUUAUGGUCAAGUUGAUCCGUAUUAUCAAAUCUGUUAAAAUUGAAAUAUUUUAUAAUUAAAAAAAAAUAGUGAGCGAGGGACAUCAUCGACUCUCUCAUUUGUAUGUCACUGAGUUGUGCAUGUAACUGUUUUGUGAAAAAUAAGCGAAAAGUUCAAUAUGUCAUAGCUUUCUUAUUUUACAUCCAAUUUCGAAGGAAUUUUCAGCCCAUUGCUUGUUUGAUUUGUCUCUAUCGAUUCAAAUCAUUUUUUCUGGUGGAAUUUACUUUUAUUAUAAUAUGAUUCUCUUAUUUGUUAUGUAUUAUCGCCACACUAUAUUUAUCGAAUUUUCUGAUUUUAUUGAAAUAUACUUUACGUUGAGGUGCCCCCUCAAAAAAGGGCUGAUUUAUGCUCUAGCCAACGUGUAAGAAACAUAUCCUUGAAAACAAAUUAGUCCGUAAUAAUUAUUGGCGAUAUAUUUCCUUUAUAUCAACAAAUAUACUGGACGUGAAUAAAGUGCAUUAGCAAAAUGUAUUCAUAAAUAAGUAAUAAUUGUAAAUCGCAUAGUCAUUACAAUUUUCUUUUAUGGGUGGUAACAACUCGUAAACCUUUUAAACGAAAAUUAAAAAGAACCAAUGGAAA